UUGGCGGAAUUUCGAUUUCUAAGUCUUCUAGUUGUGCUGCGCCGGUGUGAGUCAGUGACACAUAGUCAUCUAUCGCGUUUUUAGAACAUAAAGGUACGCUGCCUCCGUAUAGUUUUAAAGUCCUAAAUACCUCGAGGACACUUGUGAAUACCCUCCCCAGCGAGUAACAAAAGGUGUGCUCGUUUUACUCAGUUGUCACUGGCCUUUUGAUAGCUAAGCUAAUGCUACGCCGCUAGCAAAUGAUGUCCCGCUCUGUUUUCGUUUGUGACGUACAAAUAAACAUGUCGUCGCUGUUAAUUGCAUAGCCAGCCAGCAGCUUGCCGUUUUCCUUAUUUUCGCUUUUUUAGGUAGAAUAAAGAGCGGAGAAUGUCCAAGCGGAAAAGUAUUCCUGUGAGCUUCACUCCCCACAAACGGGGACCUGGGCAACAUGACGAAAACGAAGAUGAAGAGGGAGGCUCUCAACUUUGUGCACAGGUGCAAAGUGUCGGCGAGGUGCUGAGUGAUGCUGGCAUUGUGGAGAGCAUCACAUUGAAGAACUUCAUGUGCCACUCGUUCCUCGGCCCUAUCAACUUUGGAUCGAACAUCAACUUUGUCGUCGGCCGCAACGGAAGUGGAAAGAGCGCCAUCCUGACAGCUCUCAUCGUUUCGUUAGGUGGAAAUGUGCAGGCCACAAGCAGAGGAACAUCUCUCAAAGGUUUUGUCAAGAUAGGCGAAAGCUCAGCCAACGUGUCCAUCACCCUGCGUAACCGAGGAAAGGACUCUUACAAACCUGAGCUGUAUGGUCCGGCCAUCAUCAUAGACCUGAGGCUCACUCAUGAUGGAGUGAGAACUUACAAGCUGAAGAGCAAAUGCGGUCAAAUAAUCUCAACCAAAAAGGAGGAGCUUACUUCUAUUCUGGACAAUUUUAAUAUACAGGUCAACAAUCCUAUGUCAGUUCUCAACCAAGAGAUGAGCAAGAACUUCCUACACUCCAAAGGAGAGGGGGACAAAUACAGGGUUUGUGAAGUUGAAGUUUGUGUUUUGUGUGUUAGACAGAUUUUCAUUACUUUUACCUCUCGUUUUGCUCAGUUUUUCAUGAAGGCCACACAACUGGAGCAGAUGAGGGAGGAUUUCAUCCACAUCAAAACCACGAAACAUAUCACUGAAGAUAAAGUGGGGCAACACAGCGAGUACUUGAAAGAGCUGAAACGAAAGUACCUGGAGAGAGAGGACCGUUACAAGAACCUGUCGUCCAUUGAUGAGAUGCACACCAAGCUGGAGGAGUUACAGAAGCAGAUGGCCUGGGCUCUGGUGAUCGAGAUGGAGAAGGUGCUCGAGCCAAUGAAAGAGAAGCUGCAUGCCAAUAAACAAUCCACGGCAAAAUAUGAUGAAAAAGUGGAAGAUUGGAAGAACAAAGUCAAGGAAGCUGAGAAGAAGUGCAAUCAGAUCCAGGAACAGCUGGAAGGCAUCACACAGCAGGUCCAGGAGCUGCAGCCCAAAUGUGCCGAGCUCAAGGCAGAGGCACAGAAUCAUAACACCCUUCUCAAGUCCAGCGAGGUCACAGUCCACAGAUGCCAGGUUAGCCUGAGGGACCUUGAGAAGGACAAGGCCCAGCUGUCCUCCAGGAUAAAUGAUCUCCAGCUGAGCAUCAACCAGGCGACAGGGUCGGCGAGGCAGGCCAAGGACGAGAGCAUGCAGCGCAUCCAGUGCCAACUGGAAGAUCUAAAUCACCAGAUGUCCACUCUGGGUCAGCAGAUUAGCCAGUAUCAACACGCCAGCAGUCGUGCUAAGGAGGAGCAUGGAACGAUCCGGAAAGAUUAUGACAUACUCAAGAGGGCCAUGGAUGCCAAGAGUAGGAACUUGCGCAUAAUGGAAGGCAGUCGAUCCAAUCGGUUGCGGCGCUUUGGUGAGCACAUGCCAGCACUGCUCGACGCCAUCCAGGACGCUCACAAACGGGGUCAAUUCAAGCACAAGCCACGAGGACCCCUGGGUUACCUGAUCAAGCUGAAGGACCCAGAGCAGGCCCUUGCCGUUGAGGUGUGUCUGCAAAGUCUGCUGCACACCUUCACCUGUGACAACUACGAUGAUGAGAACGUGCUGAAGGGGCUCAUGGCGAAAGUCAUGGCGUCAGGCCGUAGGCCUCCCAUCAUCACCAGCACGUUUCUCACAAAGGUCCAUGAUACACGAAAGAGGGCUUUGAACCACCCGGACUACCAGUCUGUGCUUCAAACUCUAGAAAUUGAGGACACGGUUGUGGCCAAUUGCCUGAUCGAUCAAAGGGGCAUUGAGAACAUUUUGCUCAUCAAGAAUCGCGCUGAGGCAUGUCGCGUGAUGAUGUCCGGACACCCGCCCCCCAACUGCCACCAGGCUUUCUCCAAGGACGGUGACCAGAUCUUCACCAACCGCUGCUACGCCUCUGAGCAGACCCGAGCCAACUGCCUCUCGGGAGAUGUGGAGGAGGACAUCAGACACCUACAGAGAGAGCUGGAAACUCAACAAGCUCAGGCGUUGGGCUUGCAGCAACAAAUGAGGAAGUUGGACGAGGACUUCAAACAAAACGAGAAGCUGGAGAAGGGAGCACACAUGGAGAUGAAGAUUGCCAAUGACAGAGCCACAAAGCAUCGACUGGAGCUGUCGGACCUCCAGAAUCUGGAAGAGCCUCAGCUGGAAGACCUCAAGCCGCUGGAGGAGGACCUUCAGGAAAUUGUCGACAAGAUCUUGACAAACAGCAGGAAGUGUGAGGAGGCGCGAGCCCGGACAUCUGAGCUCAAGGAGAACUACGACAGGGCAGAGAGAGAGUACAAGCAGCACAAGGAGCGCGUCAACACCAUUGCCGAGGAGGCAGACGUGUUCAAGGAGGAGCUGACCAAGGUGGACGAGGAUGUAAUGAAGUGCAAGCAUCAUAAGAAGUACUACAACGACAAGCGCAGUGUUCAUCUCCAAAGUAUCCAGGAGCUGGAAGCUACUCUUCAGAGCAAGGAGCAGGAACUUCAGGCAAACAUUUCCAAAGCCAGAGAGAUCUGGCCCGAGCGCCUUGAGGUGGAGCGGACCGCCAGGAGCCUGGACACGGAGAUUAGCCGCCUCAAGGUGAAGAUCUCCACCCAGCAGGAGCAAGAGGGCGACCGUGGAGAGAUCAUCAGAGAAUACCGUGAUGCCUUGGCGAAGUACAAAAACACAGCGCAGCAGAUGAAGAACCUCAACAUGUUCAUCAAAAGCCUUGACAGGGUUAUGAAUCAAAGACUUAAAGUUUUUGCUGACCUCAGGAGGUUCCUGUCAGCGCGUUGUAAAUAUUUCUUCAACAGCAUGCUGGCGCAGAGGGGCUACAAGGGAAACAUGAUCUUCGAUCACAAGAACGAGACCCUCACCAUCUCCGUGCAGCCGGGAAGAGGAAGCGAGAGUGACAGUAUCAACAUGCGCUCGCUGUCGGGCGGUGAGCGGUCCUUCUCCACCGUGUGCUUUGUUCUCUCACUGUGGGCCACCACUGAGGCGCCCUUCCGUGCCCUGGAUGAGUUCGAUGUUUACAUGGACAUGGUGAAUCGGAGGAUCUCCCUCGAUAUGAUACUGCAAGUGGCUGAGGGACAGCGCGACCGGCAGUUUAUCUUCCUCACACCACUGAGCAUGAGUUCUCUUCCAGAAACUGAUCAAAUCACAAUCCUGCGUCUCAAUGAUCCGCAAAGAGGCCAAGAAAACCAAGAUGAAGAUAAGUCCUAGUGCAAAAGUUAUACCGUUGGGCUUUUGUUAAAGUAUUUCUGUUCAAUGUUUGUUGACCGAAAAGUUGUAUUUUAAAAGGUUGUAUUUCAUAUUUUAUUCUGGGCACAUAAUAAAUGUAAAGACUUUCACAUUCUGCAGUUGAUGUUUGUCUAUUGCUGAUGUGUUUGUCUAUUGCUGACAUUUGUUUGAAUUAGCAUUAUUAAUCAAUAAUGCUAAUUCAGGGGCAUAUGCUCCCGUACGCUUAAUUCAGAAAAGGCUCUACGCUUUUCUGACUGCGGCCAUUCUCUGGGUGGCGUAACGCUGAAAUGGGCACGUUCCCUCUGAUAUCUGGCCGAGCGCCUAUUCUCCCAAAGACUUAAGCACAUUUCGGUAUCUGCAAUUCUGAGGCUGUCGUAAGACUGAGGCUGUCACGUGCUCCGGGAACGUGAAACAUCAUAUUGCACAUUUUGAUCCCGUUAACUGCUCUCUUGCUCCGCAAAUCGGUGACGACCUAGCCAGCGAGACACCUGGCUCAUUCACAGACUGCCCAACGACCGUAAUGUGUCCCUAACACAUUACGCCGAUGGCUGAACGUCAACAUAAUAUUUCACAUUAAUUGGCGGGGAAAAAGUUCAUUCUUUUUCUUUUCACCUGCGACAAGCGGCUUGUAGUUGGUCUGGAAGCGCCCCUCAUAAAAAACUGCAGUCAUCUUAAUGGUGCCAUGAUGCGUUACAGUUUAAAUAAUUUGUUUUUAUGGUAUCUACUGUAUAUCGUCAGUCGUGGAGCCGUUCUUGUAAUAAUUUUGACCACACGGGGUGAGAUCUUGAGAGGAGCCCCAGGUGGUCUUGUAUGUCUUCCAUUUUCUAAUAAUUGCUCCCACAGUGGAUUUCUUCACACCAAGCUGCUUACCUAUUGCAGCUUCAGUUUUCCCAGCCUGGUGCAGGUCUACAAUUUAGUUUCUGGUGUCCUUUGACAGUUCUUUGGUCUUGGCCAUAGUGGAGUUUGGAGUGUGAUUGUUUGAGGUUGUAGACAGGUGUCUUUUAUACUGAUAACAAGUUCAAACAGGUGCCAUUAAUACGAGUAACGAGUGGAGGACAGAGGAGCUUCUUAAAGAUGAAGUUACAGGCCUGUGAGAGCCAUAAAUCUUGCUUGUUUAUAGGUGAUAAUAAUUUGAAUAAAAUUCUUUAAAAAUCUGAUAAUGGGAUUUUCUGUAUCUUUUUUCUUCUCAUUUUGUCUCUCAUAGGUGAGGUAUACCUAUGAUGAAAAUGACAUGCCUCUCAUCUUUUUAAGUGGGAGAACUUGCACAAUUGGUGGCUGACUAAAUACUUCUUUGCCCCACUGUAACAAAAAAAUACUCUCACUGCUUUAGUCCAAUUUGACUGCAGUUAAACCUUAUUAAUUUGAUUAUUUCAAGCAGAUUUCAUACGAUAAGGAUAGAAAUGUGAUUUAAAUCCUUUGAGUUAAUGUACAAGAUGUUGAUAAUUUGUUUGGUCGUCAGUGUUGUUGUCUCCCCCUGCUGCACACCACAAACACAGCCUCACUUUGCUUGUCCAUCAAGUUUGACUGAAAAUUAUCUCAGCCCAAAUCAACUUUAUUUAUCAAUUACUGUAAAAACAACCACAGCUGGAACAAAGUGUUGUAAAUAAUUUAAAUGUGAUUGUCAGCAAGCACACUCAACUAGUGAGUGUGUGUGUGUGUGUGUGUGUG